GGCAGGGGAAGCAGGCUCUGUCUCCUUGUCUCCGUUUCUGCCCUUUGAAAUACAGGGGUAUUUCUUUCCUCUCUUCUGCCUGCCACUCAGUGAAGGCCCAGCUUGGGACAUUCUGCGCUUCCCCUCGCUUCCCCUCUGGGAGCCCCUUUCACCGUCCCUGCACCUUGCUUCUGGCAAUGCCCGAGAGGGAGCUGUGGCCAGAGGGGCCUGGCUCGGAACCUGUGACCCGCGUCGGCAGCUGGAACAGCAUGACGAGCACCACCUCCACCCACUCUGGAUCUAGUGACAGCAGCUACGACUUCCUGUCUGCUGAAGAGAAGGAGUGUUUGCUCUUCCUGGAGGAGACCAUUGGCUCAUUGGAUACUGAGGCUGACAGCGGACUGUCCACUGACGAGUCCGAGCAAGCCACAACUCCCCAAAGUCCCCGCGCACUGCCCAAAAUCCAGCCUGCUCCCCAGGGACAUCCAGAGGAGAUUUUCGGCCAGCAAAGACUAGACCAAAGGAGAGCAACUCAGUCCAGCUCAUCACAUUUGCCUGAACCCCAAGGCCCAAGCUUCAGAUCUGGCUCCUACAGCCUCCCCAGAAAUAUCCAUAUCGGCAGGAACCAGAGCCUCGGGAAAAGCACCACCCAGACUAAUAGCCACCUUCCAGGAAAGUCUGAGAGGCUCAUCCCAGACACUGAGAAAGAGCAGAUCAGCCAGAGCAGUGAGCCCAGCCAGGCUCCAGCCACCCUCCAGGAGGUGGCCCUUGAUUUGGACACAGCUCUCAUCCCCCCACCAGAGGCUUUCCGGGACGCCGAGCCAGAGCAGGGUGGGAAAGGUAACCUGCCUGGAGGGCCAGUGGAGAAGAACCCCUCGCCCCAGCUCCAUAUGUCAAACAGCCCCCAGAAGAGAAAGGAGACUUGUUCAGAGGCCAUGUCCCAAAAAGCCAAUGAGAAAGUCUCAGUGGGGGCACCGGGACAACCUCAGCCUCCACCUGCCAUGUCGUCUCAGAAUGUGAGAGCUGCAGAUGUUCCCACCCAAUCAGAGGGCGAGCCAAGUGCCCAGCUGGCCCCCCUCACAACGCCUAAGCCCCGGAAGCUGCCACCUAAUAUUGUUCUUAAGAGCAGCCGAAGCAGUUUCCACAGUGAUCCCCAGAACUGGCUUUCCCGCCACUCUGAGACUGCCCCUGGAGAUUCCGGCCUGGUCUCCUCUUCCCUGCAGGAACAAAGGAAAGCCCGCAAAGAAGCCCUGGAGAAGCUGGGGCUACCCCAGGACCAAGAAGAGCCCAGUCUCCACUUAAGUAAGCCCGCCAGCUCCAUUAGACUCAAGGGGACUCAAUCCCCUUCCCCAGCUCCAGCUUCUGCUCCCGCUCUGGCACAACCCACAACUCAGGCCUCAGCAGCUGUGCCUGCUGCAGGGAAGGCUUCAGCUCCUGCUCCAACCCGGGGACCUUCUCCAGUAAAAGCUCCCGCUCCGGGUCCAGCUCAGGGCUCUUCUCCAGGGAAGGUUCCAGCAGCCAAAUCCAUGCCAAUUUCCAUCUCUACGGCCUCAGGGGUAAAUAGUCGCCUGACUCAGCCAAAGGCAAACUCAGGGCUGACUCUCCAGGAAAGCAGCAUCCCUGGCCUGAGACAGAUGAACUUCAAGUCCAACACACUGGAGCGUUCAGGAGUGGGGCUGAGCAGCUACCUCUCAGCUGAGAAAGACUCCAGCCCCCACACCAGAACCUCUCUGGGGAAAGACUCCUUCUUGAACAAGAUCUCACCCAAUGUCUUGCGUAAUUCCCGGCCCCGCCCUGCCUCUUUGGGCACCGGGAAGGACUUUGCAGGAAUUCAGGUGAGCAAGUUGUCUGACCAGGAGCCGGAGCAGAGCUCCAAGCGCCUGUCUUACCAAGGACAGAGCCGUGACAAGUUGCCUCGACCCACCUGUGUCAGUGUCAAGAUUUCCCCCAAAGGUAUCUCUGAUGAGCACAGAAGGGAGGCUCUGAAGAAGCUGGGACUGUUGAAGGAGUAAAGUAGGCCCUGGCCACCAGCAUGGCCCGCACAACCUCCUCCCUGCCUCCUGACAUACAAGAAGACACUCAGGGCUCCACCUAGGAGCCUUGCCCACCUCACUACUCAAGAGCUGGGCAAGGGUAGUCUUCUUUCUGAUGCUCUGCUCUCUCAGAUGAAGGGGAAGAAGAAACUGGAGUCCAAGCCUACGCCUAUACUCAGGGUGGUUGUGCCAAUGAGUACCUGCUCAAAUCAUCCUGAAGAUGAUUUCCGUGUGUGUGUGUGUGUGUGUGUGUGUGUGUGUGUGUGUAUUAGGCUAUAUCUAUCACCAAAGCUAUUUAUAUGACACAAGGAGUCAUUGCUCAGAAUUCUGCUCAGGUUGGUUAGAGUUCAGUCUAACCAGAACUGAGUGGAGACGGAUGGCUAAGCCUGAGGAUAAAUGUCAAUUGAGACUGUGUGUGUGUCAGUGACAUUGGGCAAAUACAGCAGCACCUGAAAUGUGGGUCUCCUAGAGUUCCUACAGUGGAUGGAGACUGGCUCAUACCUUGCUGGAUCACUCUCUCAGUCUGGCUUUCUGGACAGGGGUCUGGGGACAAGAAGUGUUGGUUUGUUCUCUCUUCACCUGCUGCCUUCUUGCUGUUCCUGGCCCCAAGGAUAGGACACAUUCCUGUAACUAGAAACUCUUGGUUGACUGAGCCACAGAGCUCCUGUUGGUCUGAGAAGACAGGAUAAGCAGCCAAACAGCACACCUCCAUUGGGGAGGGUCCUUGUCCAUGGACUUGACAAAUUCAGUAACAAACUGUAUGAAA